AGCUUUUGACAAAUUACGGUCAAAAGUGUAUUAUUUUUUAGCACUUUUGCUAACCCAAACUCUUUUCCUAGCCUUAACGUAGCAGGUUAUGAUAAUUCGGUUAAGGCUAGAAAAGUUGUUACCUAAAAUGCAAGAACAAAACAACAACUUUUGACCUUAAUUUGACUAAAACUGGAAUCCUUCUAGCCAUCACCCUUUCCCCCCCACUACCAAGUUUGAACAGGGGGAGUGGGGUUCAUUGCGUUGCUGAUCACGAGUGCGCAUGUGCUAACUAUCAACAGACUCAAGAGUAGCAGCUCUGUGGUAGCAGCCUAUGCUGAGCAAUAUAUUCCAUGGACUUUUUUGAAUAACGUGAACAUCCCAGUUCAAAUAUAACCCGUUUUUGGGACCAUUGUGGAUGUAACUUUUUUCUCAGUGAUAAGAAAUUGCGUUAAUUGAUUAGGCCUAAGUACUACCGCACUGCGCAGUGACUGUUGGGGGAAGUUCGCGGUUGGACUUGCUGUAUUGUCUGCCCCAGACACCGCCGAGUGUCUUCUACAAGCGCUGUCCAAGGCUACUUCAGAGCAGACCAUCCACAUUGGCGUGUUUUCGCAUCAUUAAAGACCGCAAUAAUACAUUUCUUAGAGCGGUGAAGUCAUUGAAAAGUAUAAAUAUUUGUCUUAUUUUUUCAAAAAUGGCCGCAGCAGUGGAAAUGGACGGAAGUAUAAUGGAGGGUGGCGGGCAAAUUUUGAGAGUAACCGCCGCACUGAGUUGCAUCAACGGCGCAUCCAUCAGAAUACACAAAAUCCGCGCAGGUAGAAGUACACCAGGAUUAAGACCACAACAUCUGUCAGGGUUGGAGUUGGUGAGAGACAUUUGUUGUGGAAAUCUAGAGGGUGGCACAGUGGGAUCUACUGAAGUCACACUCACCCCUGGGAAAAUAAAGGCUGGGAAGCACACCGCAGACCCCCAAACAGCAGGGAGUGUUGGGCUGCUGCUGCAGGUCUCUCUACCCUGUGCCCUGUAUGCUGACGGACCCUCGGAGCUAUGUCUGAAGGGGGGCACCAACGCAGACAUGGCCCCGCAGAUUGACUACACCAUAAAGGUAUUCAAGCCCAUCGUGGAGAAGUUUGGAGUACAUUUUGACUGUGAUUUGAGAAUGAGGGGCUACUACCCCAAAGGUGGAGGUGAGGUGGUGGCCAAGGUAAACCCAGUGAGUGAGUUGAGCCCCGUCACCAUGACCGAACGAGGGACCAUCACCAAGAUAUAUGGCAGGUCCUUUGUUGCUGGGGUGCUACCCUAUAAGCUCGCCAAGGACAUGGCAACGACGGCGACAAGAGUUAUCAGGAGAGAGAUAAAGGACCUAUACAUAAACAUCCAAACGCUGCAGGAGAAGGACAUGGCCUGUGGGAGCGGCAACGGCAUCAUAAUCAUCGCAGAGUCUUCCACUGGCUGUAUAUUUGCAGGGUCAGCUCUUGGGAAGAAAGGUGUAUAUGCAGACAAAGUGGGCUUCGAGGCUGCAGAGAUGCUGCUCAGGAAUAUAAGGCACAACGGCUGUGUGGAUGAGUUUCUCCAGGACCAGCUAAUCCUCUUCAUGGCCUUGGCGAAUGGCACCUCCAGAAUCCGCACUGGCCCAGUCACCCAACACACACAGACUGCCAUCCAUGUGGCAGAGCAGCUCACCCAGGCUAAGUUUACAGUGACCAAGGCAGAAGAUGAGAAUGCCAGCAAUGACACCUACAUCAUCGAAUGCCAAGGAGUGGGUGUCACCAACCCUCAUUUCUAGCCACGCCCAUGUGUUGUCUCCCCACCCCUUUUAUGUUGACAUCUCCAUCUGCCGUCGUGGAUAGAAGAGGCACUGGAGAGACUUGAGGACUCAUAGCCGAUACACUACUGUGACGUCACUGAAUAGUCUGACGCUGCUUCUAUUUAUAUUAUGAUUUAUGGCCCUUGUGGCUCGAUAUUCAAACAAAUUAAUUAUUGGUUUAGAAACAUACAGCCACAUGAGUUGGUCAUCGUUGUCCUUUUCCCCCUAUUGCAUUAACUAUCAUUACCCUCUUAGCUUGUAUAACUCAGGGUAUUAAUGCCUUACACUGUUAUAAUAAAAACCUUCGAUUUCUGCGUGGAAGUGG